UUGUCGUCUUCAUUCUCAUACUAUUAAACAAAGUUUCCACAUUUGAUUCUGGAAAACUCCAUAUAUGAUCAAGCAGUCAUUGAAUCCCAAAACCUCAUCCUCUUUCUACUUUCCCUACGAUACAGAUUUGGUGAAUUCUUACCUCUUCGUACUUCUGGGUGAGACCAAGGCGCUCAUCUUCAGACAUUGAGGUUCGGGUUUGUCCUCAAGGGCAGUAGAGACGGAGGGAGAAGUGGGGUCAUCGUCGGAGCCGAGUCCACCUUCAAAGAAAGUGCCUGAGAAAUCAAGAGCCUGUGAUUUCACCACGAGUGCUCAAAACUUUUGCGCUAGCUUCUUCUGCCCAUCGCAUACUUUUUCCCAAAUACUCAUCCACCUUCUCUUCUUCCCAUCACAUCCUCAGAUUCUCACUCUCCGAUCGUCGGACCUUCUCAGCAAUGGCCGGAGCUGGCGGCGACGAGUUCGUUAAAGGAAACGUUUAUCCGAAUAGCGUCGCUGUCAUCACUCUCGAUCGAACCAAAGCUCUUAACGCCAUGAAUCUAGAAAUGGAUUUGAAGUAUAAAAGCUUCCUUGACGAAUGGGAAUCUGAUCCAAGAGUCAAAUGUGUCAUCAUUGAAGGCAGCACACCUCGUGCCUUUUGUGCUGGGAUGGAUAUUAAAGGAGUUGCUGCAGAAAUCCAAAAGGACAAAAACACACCUCUUGUGCAAAAGGUAUUUACAGCAGAAUAUACCCUGAUAUGCGCAAUUGCUGGUUACAAAAAGCCAUAUAUCUCCCUAAUGGAUGGAAUAACAAUGGGAUUUGGCCUUGGCCUUUCCGGACAUGGUCGAUACCGUGUGAUAACAGAGAGGACGGUUCUUGCCAUGCCAGAAAAUGGAAUCGGGUUGUUCCCAGAUGUCGGGUUUUCAUAUAUAGCAGCUCAUAGCCCUGGGGGAGGAUCUGUUGGUGCUUAUCUUGGUUUAACUGGAAAAAGAAUCCUAAAGCAUCCGCUACAAUUCAACUUUCUAGAUCCCCAACAGCAUCAUGCUAAAAAAAUUUUACUACCAACAUCGUACUAAUACUAGCACGUGAAAAAUGAUCCAAACAAACAAAAACACCAAAACAGUGAACACAAAAAAAUAUUAAAGGAUUGAACUAUUUCUUUUGGUUUAGUCUUUGAAGAAAUUUUUGUUUUACAGAAAGUAUUUGUAUAAGGUUAGAUUCAUCUAAAUUUUCAAAUUAUUAAUGGUUACACUACAUUUAAGUUA